AUGUCUUCCAGUCAUCCAUUAAGAGCACAAUCAAUGCACGCCCAAUCAAGCAUGUCUCUGGGAGACAAAUUGGGAGAAGAACCCGUGACGGCUAAAACCGCGCAAAGCACGGUAACUUGCGUCUACCAGGUGAACAUCGCCAGCUUCUGGCGCUCCGUGACCAUUCUAUGGUGCAAGAACCUCAUGAACCAUUCCCUCUGCAUCACCGUAGACAGCGUCGAAACCGACACCCCUCACACCUGCAAAAUAGACCUCAAGCCCUGGCACUUCUGGAGCAAAAAGGGGUUCAAGUCGUUCGAGGUCGACGGCAACCCCGUCGACGUCUACUGGGAUCUCCGGUCGGCCAAGUUCGCGGGUAGCCCCGAGCCCUGCACCGACUACUACGUCGCCUUGAUUUCCGAGGAAGAGGUGGUUCUAUUGUUGGGAGACUAUAAGAAGAAGGCCUACAAGAGGACAAAAUCCCGACCCGCACUCGUGGACGCCCAGCUAUUUUACAAGAAAGAGAAUGUCUUCGCCAAGAAAUGCUUCUCUACCAGAGCCAAGUUCGACGAGAGGGGAAAAGAGCAUGACAUCGUGGUGGAGAGUUCGACGGCGGGGCCGAGGGAACCCGAGAUGUGGAUUAGCGUAGACGGGAUUGUGGUAAUACAUGUGAGGAAUUUGCAGUGGAAGUUCAGGGGGAAUCAAACGGUGUAUGUGAACAAGCAGCCGGUGCAGGUUUUCUGGGAUGUUCAUGACUGGCUGUUUGGUAGCCCGGGCACCGGCCACGGGCUGUUCAUAUUCAAGCCGGGGGCAGCUGAGGCUACAUCGGAAAGUGACAGAGAAAGCAGUUGCAAUGGCGACGACGGGGAUGGAGACAAUGACAGCUUGGGGAGCAGGUAUUUUUCCUCUCGGAGUUACUCGGGGGCGCCAGAGUUCUGCCUAUUCCUGUAUGCGUGGAAGAUUGAGUGA